CUGCAAUUUGCCUGAUCAGCACAAGGCACACGUGGAAUAGGAUUCAAAUCCCUCUUAGUACCUGAAAAUGAUGGGAAAUAGAGCCAGCACAGAGAAAGAGGUGCCCUUGACUGAGGUAACACAAAAUUGGAGAGAAAUCUUUGGCGCAGCAAGUCCGUCAAGAAAGCACAGGAAUAUUUCCUGAGGAGAAGAUUAACCAUUUACAACUAGAGAGGGAGCCCUGGCAGACCUUUGAAGGAUGUUUGACCAGCACAGAUUCACUUUACACAUCAGCUAAAGACUGUGUUCCCAGGACAAAUGGAUUAUUGGGAUUAUGGGAUAAUUGGGCACAGGACCAUAAUAGGGAAUGUUGGGAGUUCCCAGAAAUGAGGAGCAGCAAACCUACGAGGAGCUUGAUCUACUCUAAUUAGUGAGGAGGUCAUCUGCAGCCCCCACUCACCAAAAUCUGGGCACAGCUCAGGGGCACAGGCUCCACCAGAGUGUUUUGGGCACUCUCAGAUUCUGGGCCACUCCUGGAGAUGCUGAAAUGAAGGGGUGGUAUGAGUAGGGUACCUGUACCUGGCAAGAUCUGAGGAAGGCCAUAGGAUGGCACUGAGCUGUGUAAUCCCCCUGGACUGGGUGCCUAAGUGAGGGCAUGGCCAUGCCCUCCUCUUUGGGGAGCAUUUCUGGUGUAUCUCCCAUGCUGUGACAGCCCAUGGUUGACAUUUCCAGCUCACAGGGUGUUAUGGACACCCACAUCCCAGCCCCCCAGCUCCCCAUUUUCAACUCUGCUGUGCUGCUGGAGCCAGGAAAUCACCAGCAAUCCUUCCUCUGGCUGCAUCCCUGGCCAGAUGCUGCAGAGGGGUGAGGCCUGGCUGAUUAAUCUGUGCUCAGAGAGGCUGUUGGAUUAGUGCUUCAUCUGCUCUCGACAUCUGCAGCUGCAGGACAGCCCCAAAUUCAUCAGCUGGAAGCCAGAAGGGAGCAGCAAGGCUGGGGUUUAUGAGCCUUUUAUUUGUGCAAACAGGCAGCACGGGGGGAUGAGAAGAGAGUCCUGAGCAGCCAUGGAAGGGUUACAGCUGCGGAAGGCUCCCAGCAGCCGGAGCUUCCUCAAACUCACUGCCAUGGAGGUGAAGUGGAUCCAUGUGUUGGUUGUCUUCCUCUUCCUGCUGUCUGUGGCAAUGACAGGCUGCUUCCUGUGGCAGUACAGCCUCCCCAAGGUGGAGCCCGGCCCCUCUGUGAUGGAAGUGAGAUCAGAAGCUGUGCAGAUGUGUCCCCGCUACCCUGAGCCGGUGCCGCUGGACCACCCCAUCCCCAUCCUGAAGGAUGCCUUGGAGAAGGUGGAUUUGAUGCUCAGGCAGAAGAUGCACAACUCAGGGCUGCCAGCCAUGUCUGCCAUCGUCAUCUACAACGACACAGUGCUCUGGACAGGAAACUUUGGGAAGAAGAACAUCUCCGACCCCUCCUCAGCUGUGCCCAACGAAUACACCAUUUACAGAAUUGCCAGCGUCUCCAAGAUCUUCCCCACCAUUAUGCUGUACAAGAUGUGGGAGGAAGGCAAGGUCACGUCUCUGGAUGACCCCUUGGAGCGUUACGCCCAGAACUUUGUUAUCAAGAACCCCCUGGGAAGGCUGAAGGACUCAGAGCAGAGAUACACAGCAGAUGGGCUGGUGUUCUUGGAGAAGGGCUCGAUGCCACCGAAGCCAUCGCCCGUCACCCUGCGCAGGAUGGCCAGUCAGCUCUCAGGUCUGCCCAGGAGGCUGAGAUCCACCAGCCUGCUGUGGAAGGGCACCACGCAGGACGCCCUGGCUCUCCUGAAGGAUGAUGUGCUGGUGGCUGAUCCAGGAACCAGGUGCCACUACAGCAACCUGGCCUUCUCCCUGCUGGCCCACGUGCUGGCCGAGCACGGGGCCGACGGGCAGUACCAGCGCUGGAUCUCGGAGCACAUCCUGGACCGCCUGGGCAUGGAGGACACGGGGUUCGACCUCACGCCGCCCAUCCGCUCCCAGAUGGCCGUGGGCUUCUACAGCAGCCGCCAGCCCGCCCCGCUCUACGACCUGGGCUGGUACAGACCCUCGGGGCAGAUGUACUCCACGGCUGCUGACCUGGCCAAGCUGGCCAUGGUCUUCUUGGGCACCUACCACCGCCGGCUCCUGGAGCCCGACACGGUGAAGACCAUGCUGACCCCGCUGCUCAAGUGCUCCAGCGACUACUUUGCCAACAAGACCGGCACGCCCUGGGAGAUCAACGAGCAGCUGGGCUACGACGUCAUCAGGAAGGAUGGGGACCUCGAUGGCUACUCGGCCACCUUCUCUCUAAUCCCCAAGCUCCACCUGAGCUUCAUCGUGCUCAUGUCAGGGCCCAGGCCUCAGGGUGGGGAUGUUGUGACUCAGACUUAUGAGUAUCUCAUUCCGGCCAUGGAGACGGCUUUCAGGGAGGCAGAGAAGAGCGUGGUCCCCCCUCCAAACCCCAUCCCUUAUGUUGGCUACUACACCUACUCCAACCUGACUUUCUAUGAGAUCAAAGUUGGCAUUGGUGGGGUGCUGAUCAUGCAGCAGUUUGGGCCUCACGUAGAAGAACUAAUCCCUGAGAAGUAUCGGACAAUCAAACUCCACCACCUGGAGGAUCGUGUAUUCCAAGUUGUUUUUGACAAGGAGUUCCCGUGUGUCCUGCACCUGGGCUCUGCCUCCAUCUCCCUGGAGACCCAAAAUGGGCAGCUCUUUAACUUCUACCCCUUUGACCGCAAGGGUUUGUCUCCUGGCUUUGACGCCCCGGGGCUGAACACCUACAAUGUGGUGCGUGUGCUCCGCAAGCCCGUGUUCUACAGCUAAACACCCCCUGCUCCCCUCACCUCUUCUGGGAGGUGGCUUCAAAUCUGUGUCUUACCAGGCUCUGGUCGGCUCCGUGGAAGCCAUUUAAAAGGGGAAAGGUGGUGGCAAAUGACUCUUUUGCCAAACAAAUGCUUCUAAAAUGGCUUCCCGCUUCUGACACGGCUUUAAUGGCUGACAACCCCCCAAAAUGCACAACAGGCCAGCUGGAGAUGCCUGCAGAACAUAAAAAAGAGGUGGGAAUGUGCUGAGGGGACUGUGUUUGGAUGCCAUAAAAACAAAGCUGAGCACUGAAGUGUCCACACUUUAGUUGUCUGUUUGAUGACCAUUGUAGUUAUCGACUGGUAUCAUCAAAGGCUGAAAAUGCCCUGUGUCUCUCAGAAAAUCUGUCUUCUUCAGUCCAGGGGUUUUCCCACGGCUUUUCAGGAGCCCAUCUGCCACGAGCAAGAUCCCUUACCUGGGUUUACCAAAAGCCUGAUGUGCUAAAAAAUGGCCCCACGCCUGAUCCCAGGCCCUGCUUGGGAUCCCUGGGGUCCUUUUUUUCUCCAGGUCACGAGGAGGAAACUGUGAAAAGAGCAGAGAACGAUGUGGUCUUGGCUCCAUGGAUUUCUACAGGAGUGGUGGUCACACCAAGGAUGUUGUAGCACUUCAGUGGAGAUACAGAAGCUCACUCCUGUGGGCAGAGCCACAUGAACAUAAGCUGGGACAUUCCAACUGGACUCAGGCCUGUGACCAUCUCAGUGUACAGGAAAGGGUGUGUGAUGUUUAACCACAGGAAUGUGUGGGAAUCUUUCUGGGUGUUUUGGGCAGGGUGUCUGUUUGCAAAUGUCCCCGGGUGUGAGUGAAGAUGCUGAGGGAAAGGGCGUCAUCCUGGGCAGCCCUGCACUGGGGACAGGAGCACCUGCAACUGCAAAGCCACAGGUGCAUUUUCUUCUCCCUUCCUGUGCCCACUCAAGGCCAAGGCAGGUGAAACAGGGGAUCCAGGUCACAACAACCCCAGGCAAUGCUCCAGGCUUGGGGAAAAGGGUCUGGAAACCUGCCUGGGCAGAAAAGGACUUGGAGGUGCUGGUUGAUGGUGGCUGAACAUGAGCCCAGGUGUGCCCAGGUGGGCAAGAAGGCCAGUGGCCCCUGGGCUGUACCAGCCAUUGUGUGGCAGCAGGGCCAGGGCAGUGCCUGUCCCUGUGCUGGGCACUGCUGAGGCACCUCACAGUUCAGUUUUGGGUCUCUCACAACAAGAAGGACAUUGAGGGGCUGGAGCAUGUCCAGAGAAGGGAACGGAGCUUGGGAAGGGGCUGGAGCAGCAGGAACAGCUGAGGGAGCUGGGGAAGCUCAAC